AUGGCUAACCGCCCGUGGUGGAAAAUCCAAUGGUUUGCCGGUGUUGAAUCACCGAGAGAGAGGAAAUUGGUUGUCAAGCUCGAUCUUCUGAUCGUGCCGUACGUCUUUCUCGCGUAUUGGGUUGGGUACAUUGACCAAUCUAAUAUCAACAAUGCAUACGUUUCGGGGAUGAAGGAAGACCUGGGAUUGUACGGCAAUGAGCUCGUCCAAUUUCAGACCAUGUACACCGUGGGGGCUGUCAUAGGCCAACUUCCCUUCAUGUACCUUCUCACCCAUGUUCCGCUUCAAUGGUUGAUUCCGGCUGCAGACAUCCUUUGGGGCAUCUUCACCCUGCUACAGUUUCGCGCGACGAGGCAUGCGGAAGUCAUGGGAUACCGUUUCCUUGUCGGCUUCUUCGAGGCUGCAUUCUAUCCUUCAGUUCACUACAUGUUCGGGUGCUGGUACCGAAAUGAUGAGAUUGCUCGUCGUGCGGGCCUUUUCUAUAAUGGCACCAAUUUAGGUGUGCUUACCGCGGGACUGAUCCAGGCUGGGACAUCUGCCCGUCUUAAUAAUGUCCAUGGCUUAGCUGGUUGGCGGUGGAUGUAUAUCAUAUGUGCAGUCAUCACUAUUCCAAUAGGCAUACUCGGCGUCUUCAUUAUCCCCGGCACACCGGCUAUGCCAAACCGGCUGGUUCUAAGUCAGGAGGACAUUGAUCUUUCGACCUCGCGCUUGGAGUCAGCCGGCCACACGACAUCCGAGAAGUUUCAGUUGAAAACAGUAAAGAGAGUCAUAAGGAAUCCAAUCUUCUGGGCACUUCUAGUUAUCAUGACCUUGUUCUGGAACUCAGGUGGAGCUCAAGGUAGCGGAGCUUAUCUGUUGUGGCUAAAGAGCUUGAACCGUUAUUCCGUCCCCAAGAUCAACGAGCUGGGAACACUGCAGGCUGUCUGUGGCAUUUUCUUUGUUCUCUCGACCGCCUUUCUCUCUGAUUUACUGGUUGGACCUGUCUGGGCACUCACAAUCGGGCAAACCUUCAAUAUAGCGGGCCUGAUCAUUCUGCUUAUUUGGAAUGUCCCGGAAGGAGCCAAAUGGUUUGCAUUCAUGACUAACUUUGCGGCAGCAUCAACGUCCACCAUUGUCUAUGGCUGGGUAAAUCAUAUUAUGAGACACUCUCCAGCCCAGCGAGCGGUCACUCUCAUACUCGGAACUGCUUGGGCGCAGUCAUCGACAGCUUGGAUUGGACUUCUUACCUAUCCUACUGUAGAAGCGCCAAGAUUCAAGAAGGGUUUUUCCUUCGGUAUCGCUGUGUCAAUCACUUUAAUUCUACUAUCGCACCUACUGGGCUGGUGGCUAAAAUCGCACAAAACACUCGAGGUCGACGAGGAACACGUUACAGAUGCGAAUGAUGACUCCAGCGGCUCAGAUAAGGCUUCUCACACAGUUGCGGUUCAGAAAGUUUAA